AUGGGUAUAGAAAACAUGCGUCGUUGGCCAAUGUAUAUCGUUUUUGCCUUAUGCAUUUUACUUACCCUUUCACUAUUAAAUAGUUGGAGUAUGGAGACUGAAUUACAAAAUCGACUAGGGGAGGUGAGUUCGCAGCUUCAAGAAUGUUCACGUCAACAGACUUCAUGUAUGGAAGAAUCUCUACGGUUUCAACAACAACGAGAUAACUAUAACUCCAAAGUUAACGAUCUAGAGGGAUUGAAAGGUAAACUAGCUAGCGACGUUUCCGAUUUCAGAACAAGACUUGCCAAAUCAGAAAUUCAAGUCAACCGAACUUUAGUGGACGUAGAGUUAUGUAAAACGGAAUUAGAAUCACUUAAAAAUUUACAAGUAAGUAAAACAGCCACUCUCGAAACGUUAAGACUGGAAAAGGAAACUUUAACAACACAGCUGGAAGAGAGAAAGAAACGAAUUGAGGAAUUAGAGAAAGAAAUUGCUAAACUAAAAGUUGCCAUGACUACAAAAAGUGCUCCGAACCCUCCACUCCCUUCAAAAGUGACUCCCGCAGCCCAACCACCAAAACUCAGCCCCGCUUUGAAUGCAAAUAAUCCAAUAAAUGAACCAGUCAUAGAAGAUAAUGCUAAAGAAGAGUUAGAAGACCCCAGUGCACUUAACGACCCUGAUAACUUUGAACGAGAAUAG